CUCUCUCUCUCUCUCUCUCCCUCUCUUUCUCUCUCUACGUCAGCCUCCUCCAGAGGAUGGACGGCUUCCUCUUCCUCCUCUCUUUCCAUCUCCGUGAAGCCAACAUGAAGGGAGUUGGGCGCUGAGGCGGAGGGCAGGGAAGGGAGAAGGCUGCUCCGCGUUGCCCCCCAACUCUCUCCCCGUCUCCUUCCCCCCUCCCCGACUUCAGGCGGAGCGGGCGCCGUCGAGAGGCGCCACCAUUCCUUCUCCCGGCCGCGGCGGAGGCGGAGGAGGCGGCGGCGGAGGAGAGCUGUCGGCGUUGGCUUCGCGGCUGUGGCAGCGGAGGCGGCGUCUGGUGUUGGGCGCCGCGGGGCUGGCCCUGGCCAUGGGCCUGGUGCUGCUCAUCGCCGUGCCGCUCCUGGUGCAGGCGCCGGCGCCCGGCGGGGCCCACUACGAGAUGAUGGGCACCUGCCGCAUGAUCUGCGACCCUUACAGCCCCAGCGCCGCCGCCGCCGCGUCCUCAACCGCCCGAGGCCCCGGGGGCACCACGGCCGCCCUGGAGGCGCUGCAGGAGCUGAGCGCCAACGACCCGCCGCCCCCUCCGCCGCCGCCCUUCCUGCAGGGGCCCAAGGGCGAGCCCGGGCGGCAGGGGAAGCCAGGACCGAGGGGACCCCCGGGGGAGCCCGGCCCGCCUGGCCCUAGGGGGCCCCCCGGCGAGAGGGGCGACUCCGGCAAGCCCGGCCUGCCUGGGCUCUCGCUGCCCGGGAUCGGGGCCACCCCCGUGGCCGGAGGCGGCGUCCUGGGGCCCGGCUUCGGCGGGAGCAGCAGCAGCCCUCCUCCGGGGAGCGAGGCCUCGGCUUUCGGCGGGCCCAAGAUCGCCUUCUACGUGGGCCUGAAGAGCCCCCACGAGGGCUACGAGGUGCUCAAGUUCGACGACGUCGUCACCAACCUGGGCAACCACUACGACCCGGCCUCGGGCAAGUUCUCCUGCCAGGUGCGCGGCAUCUACUUCUUCACCUAUCACAUCCUCAUGCGCGGCGGAGACGGGACCAGCAUGUGGGCCGACCUCUGCAAGAACGGCCAGGUGCGAGCUAGUGCCAUUGCGCAGGAUGCAGACCAGAAUUACGACUACGCCAGCAACAGUGUGGUGCUGCAUCUGGACUCAGGGGACGAGGUCUAUGUCAAACUGGAUGGAGGCAAAGCCCAUGGAGGCAACAACAAUAAAUACAGCACUUUCUCUGGCUUCCUUUUGUACCCUGAUUGAAAGAGCCAAGCGUACAAGGUGUGCUCCAUUGCCUCGUCUCCCACUCGCCCAUCCACCCCAUUGCCUUUCCUGCGGGGUCUGCUCUUCAGGUUACUUUAAGCUUCAUCUUAGACAAAAACUGUGUGUUACCUUGAUUGCAGUAAGAAAGAGAAAUGAAUAGUGUCUCCUUUCUGGCUGUUGAUGUUAUCCGUCUCCUUCUGUUUCCUGUUGUUCAUUAAACACACGAUGAGACGGGUAGCUCUGAGAACCUUAAGCUGGCUAAUGAGCACCAUGAAUUGGUCCCUUCGUUUAGCACAGAUUAAAGACGUGGAGUUAAAUCCACACCGUCUCUGGUGAAAAAACGGCAGCUGAGCCCCAGCGAAGUGGUCCGCAUGAAAGUCCCCUGAUCCAGGCUGUGCAUUUGAAAGGAGAUUUUCAGAAACGGCACCAGUUUUGCCUGUGCCGUUUUUUAAGCCACACAAAUGUGUCACUUUCUUUAAGUAGCGUUGCAUCAAAACCAGUGCCGCGAUUCUGUAAUAUCUGAGUUUCACUGGUGUGUUAGACACAAAAUAAAGUCAAACCACACUGCAUGCAGAUUUAGGCUUUACAGUCAAGACAUUGCAAAUUGCAGCUCUUUGUGAUUACAAUUAGCUUAUAGUCUUGCUGCCCAAAAUCCCAUUCUCUUAUUGAAAAUAUUUUGGCAGCUGCAUCUUUAACUUCCUGUGGGUCUAUUUCCCCUCCUUUUAAUUAAGCAAGCGGUUAAAAAGAAAUGUCUAUUGACACUUCCCCUCCACAACUCUUUUAAUCAACGGACACUACAGACAUCUGUUUUAAAACAGCCAAGCCAUUAUGUAUGUCUAAAAACCUUGAUACACAAGGCAGACUGAAUGGAUGAACCCUGGCACUUUAUUUCUUUUCCUGUAUAUGAUUGUUGCUUUUACUAACAGCCUGGGGAAUAGGACAGAAUUCUUGUGACACUGCAUUGGCUGUUCCUAUGUUGCUUUGUAUGUAGGGGAUUUGCUUAUAACCAUUUUGAUUUGUGUCUUAUAAAUAUCUAUAAAUAUUUUAUUUCUUUAGUUCUUCCGUCCACCCUUGUGCAAUGCAAUACUUUAUGUGGGUGAUGGUGUUUAAAAAAGAGUUUAAUCUCCUGUCUCUAAAGCAAAUGAAUGAGCUAAAGAAGAAAAAAAGAGAAAGAUAUAUCACAUUAAAUUAUCUUUUUUGACAAUGUU